CGUUCACUUUUCUUCUUACAAUUCUGAAUCGAUUGCAAUAGACGAAUUCUGACCGAUCAAUUAAUCAGAUUAAAAAAACAAAUCUGUUAACGAUUAUACCAAAUAUUAAAUCAAAUACGAUAUUUUCAAUAAGGAUUUAGAGUUUAGAUUAUUAUUAUGAAUGGAAUAUUUACGAAAAGUAAAAGAAACAGUAGAAAAUAGAAUAUAAUCUUUAAACAAACACAUGUAACCUUAUAAUUAAAUAUAACCUUAUAAACAAACUUCGUUUGAGGUUGAAGCUGCAGACAUCGCCAUUUUAUCCAUUUUUACUAUGCAGGCUCGCAUAUUGUGUGUAUAUAUAGUGGAAAAUUACGAAGAUUUGAUGUUAUGUGUGAAUAUUGAUACCAUAGACUUCGAUAUUCUCUGAACACAUAUAAUGCCAUAUACUGAGGAUUAUAUAAAAAAUAAACUAAUCACAAAAUUGAGUGCUUCGCACGUGUGUGAACAUAAUAUCGUUAUUAAAGUACCGAUUGUACUUAAUUUAAUCCAUCAGUAUAAGAUAAUUUUGAAAAAAUGCUGCGUGGAUCUAUGCAAGUAGUUCUCAUCUUUAUUUUUGCACUCAUUUUAAGAUGGUGCGUUACUUAUCAUUCGUACAGUGGCCAAGAAAAACCUCCUAUGUAUGGAGAUUAUGAAGCUCAACGACAUUGGCAAGAAAUAACUCUAAAUUUGCCUGUCCUAAAAUGGUACGUCAAUAUGACGGACAAUGAUCUUGAAUAUUGGGGCUUAGACUAUCCUCCCUUGACUGCGUAUCAUAGUUUCUUAUUAGGUUAUAUCGCUAAUGCGACUAAUCCAUCGUAUGUCCAAUUACACAAAUCUAGAGGAAUAUCUUCUCCAGAUCAUAAAUAUUUCAUGAGAAUGACUGUUCUUUGUUCAGAUGCUAUGAUUUUUUUGCCAGCAAUGAUAUGGAGGUAACCGAUCAAUCUGAUGGUUGUGGUGCUAAGUUUUCUGUGGUUGUCGUUUCUAAUGUAUUUGAAGG